GACGUCAGUGACGUCGGUCGCCGUUUGGCAAAGUCAGUGCGAGCUCUGCAGUGCGCGUGCGGUGUGGUCGUGAGCUGGUGGAGGAUCGAGGAUCUCCACUCGCGACGGAGUGUGUGUGGUGGUCGCGGAUCGACCCCGUUUUCCCGGAAUCUCGCUGACGCUUUAUUCCCGCUUCCCGCCUCGAGUGUUCUCGUCAAUUUUCAUCGCCCACGUCAGUCGGUCCAAGGAGCACGGAGCCCCUACGGAGGUCCCGUUUACGGACUCGCGCGAGUUUUCGGCAACGAGGACGAGGACGUGGACGGCGGGAACGGGGACGGCGGCAAGUGCGCGAGAUGCACCGGCGUUAAUCGGCGGGAAGGUCGCGUGCUGGUCCUGGCGUCGAUGAGGCCGACGGGAUAGAGCGAACGGAGAAUCCAGCGGGUUACGUCGGCGAUGCAGAACGGCGACAGCGAGAAGGCGUCGCGCGGCGUCGCGGAGCGCGACGACGAGGAGGCGACGAGUAGUAGCGACGGCGCCGUCGAGGAGGCGGUCGGGGAUCGCGACGACGAGGCGUCGAGUCGCGACGGCGCCGUCGAGGAGGCCGUCGCGGAUCGCGCGAACGACGACGAGGCCGCCGGGGUCGUCGAACGCGACGACGAGGAUCCGAGCGGCGGCGACGCCGAGCAGGCCGCCGCCGCCGCCGGCGUGGAUCGCGACGACAGGGAUCGCAAGGACGCCCGGAAGCCCGUGAAGAAGGGAAACUGCGUGUGGACCAUGUGUCUCCCGUCUACCUCGGGCAAGGAGACGCUCGUUGCGAACAAUAACUACGGCUGCGAGCACUACAAGCGAAAAUCGAAAUUCGUGACUCCAUGCUGCAACAAGGUGUAUACCUGUCGGUUUUGUCACGACGAGCAAGAGACGCACACAGUGAAUAGGAAAGAAGUGACAGAAUUGAUAUGCGUUCUAUGCGACACUCGUCAACCUGUCCAAGCUACCUGUCAGAAUUGCCAUUGUCAAUUUGGCAAGUACACCUGCCUGGAGUGCAAUCUCUUCGACGACGAGGAUAAAAAUCAAUACCAUUGCGACGGAUGCGGAAUAUGUAGAGUCGGCGGCCGUGACAAGUUCUUUCAUUGUGCCAAGUGCAACAUGUGUUUGCCGAUUCAGUUACAAAACGGGCAUACGUGCAUAGAAAAUGUCUCACAUUCCAAUUGUCCCGUGUGCCUGGAAGACAUUCACACGAGUCGUAUACCGUGUCACAUUCCCGAUUGUGGGCAUUUGCUUCACCGUAUGUGUUUUGAGGAAUUACUGAACUCGGGACAUUACGCCUGCCCGUCCUGUCAGGUGUCACUCUUAGACAUGACGGACUUGUGGAAAUACUUGGACGCCGAGGUAUCGCUGACACCGAUGCCGGAGGAAUAUAGCGACUGUAAAACCGAUAUCUUAUGUAAAGACUGCCACGAGGAAUCUACGGUAAAGUUUCACAUCGUUGGAUUGAAGUGCUUGAACUGUGGUAGCUACAACACCUGCAGGAUAAAAGGCUCACCUUGUUCAGAUCCCGAUGCCCUGAACGAAGCAGCUGGUAUUACAGAAGAGAAGGAAGGAUCGUAAAGCCAAAGUUCGGAUAAUAUUAUCCGAUACUGUCCAUCGAUCGUGGAAGGAAUAUAGUAACGAUGAUAGGAGAGUAUUUGUAUUUUAGAAUUUUAUCUUUAUUUCAUCUUUUUGUAGCAAAUUGCACUUUUGUUGCCUUUGUAGUACUUUUUGUUUAAGCCGAGGUAGUACAGUAAAAAUUAAAUAUCUUGUUAAAUGACCAUUGAUGUUAUCAGAACUAAUGCAUAACCGUUUUCGGUUAUUUUAUAUAAUACGCUGUAGCACAAUCUUCGAGGUUGAGUAUGUAGAUGAUUUCAGUAACGUAAGUAUUAACAAAAUAUUUCUGCAAACUUUAUUAAAUCACGAAGCAAUGGUCGAUGAAGUGGAAAUAUUUUGCAGAUGUUCUUUUUCGCGUACAUUUACGAGGAUUAUCGAUUUUUAUAUUUUCAAUGUUUUUAUCUUAUCGUUAGACAGGAUAUCCAGACUUAUCGCGCAGUAUUUCAGGCAUAUCAGGAUUUGGAGUCGAUAUUUUCAACGAAAAUAUAUUUUAUUUUGUUGCAAUUUUUCCAUUUCCAACAAUAAGUAUUAUAAUUAAAGCUUCGUGUUCCUUCUUGCAGCUUAAAAGUAGCUGUAGUUACUGCAACAUUUUUUAUUAAAAAAAUUUGAAUUUUAAAUUGCUCCAUAAAGAUUAUCGACAAAAGUUCUGCGCGAUAGAUUUGGAUAUUCUGUAUAUAUUUUCUGCGUCUGGCUACAUUUAUCUUCAGAAUGACAACUGCAUUAGCAGUUGACUACUAAUUACGCCUAAGAAAAUAAUUAAAAAAAUUGUGAAAUGGCACGUGUGUAAUGUGUAUGUGUGUGUAUACGUACGUGUGUUUAAGAGAAGAUGGAGAAAAAUAAUACAAUGUUUCGAAAUUUUUCAUAUUAGGCAGUGUAGCACCGUGUCACCCUAUCUUAAGUAAAACUACAUACUCUGCAUAUUUAUACGUUGCUGCAACACCAGUUUUCUCGUAAAUAUCUAACAAAAUCCAGAAAAAAUAUCUAACGAAAGCAGUGGAAGAUAAUAUAUACAUAGCAUCUUUGCCAGAUUAAAAUGUAAUGCUUGGUGGCCUAAUUCAUUGUACUUUAAAUGACAGCACAUUUUAAAUGACAGCAUAAGUCGAUCGUGUAGAAACAAGAGUAAAGCCUUAAGACAAAUUUCUGUUCGUUAAUCGCUUGGAAGGUUCCAGCCUUAUACAUUCUGUUUUAUUUAGGGAAAGAUCUCAUUUAGUCGUAAUCUAGUCGCGGAAUAUUUGAGCGCGUAUUGCUGCUCCUACUACGAUUUUUCUCGUAAGUGUGAAUGUUUUAUACAAAACACAGGUGAAUCCGCACGGGUGGCACACACUAAUGCAAACAAUAAAAUAUAUCAACGUAGCGAAUAAUUAGGGAAAAGUUAUACUUUUCGUUGAAUAAUGCUAAGAUAUAUUACGUACAUAUGUACCGGUGCAUUUCGAUGUGCAUAUAUUGAAUUUGCAUCUCUCCUGGGAGAAGCAUUCUCUUAGCAGCUAAUAUAUUCGCCUAUUAAUAUAUAUAAUCUGUUUUAGUGUAAUUGUACACACAUACAUAUAAUAUCUAGGUGGAAUACUUGAAUAAUCACGGCAUUAAUCAUGAAUCUUGCUGUCACGUUUGAUAAACAAUUUCUAAUUACCGAAUAGCUAUUGUCAGAUAUAGCUCACUUUAUGAUAAACAGUCUAAAAACGUUCGGCAGGCACGAUUAAAUUUUAAGCUCGGAUUUGACGGUUUCGUAGGAUUAUUUAAAAUGCUACAGGUCAAGUGUCGCUUGAAAUGCAAUUUUUCAAGAUUUUGUUCCUGAGUAAGACAAAUCGCGAUACCGGUGACUUCAACCUUACCAUUCCAUUUAUCAUUCUAUUUUAGUGAAUAUUAAUGAUAUUUUAGCGAAUUUUUAGUGAUAUUUUAGUGAUAUUAUAGUGAUAUUUUUAAUAAGCAAUAAAAUAUUGAGCAGUCCUAAAAAUCUCUGUAAGUUUCUUUUUUUAUAUUCAUGUUAUAAAAAUGAAGCAUACUUAGAUGCGGAAGCAUCGAAAAUUUUUUAGGGUGCUCGAUAUUAUAUUGUUAUGUUAUAUUAAAUUGUUAUAAUUCCAUACAUCAGCGAACAGUGCAAUUAAUAAUUGUCACAUUCAUUAAUGUCGCUCUUCAUAUACAUAUGUUUUUAGGAAUGAUAUUAAUGGGUGCUAUGACAAUUGCAUUUAAUUGUAUAACAUUCCUAAUUCCAUUGAAGCAACUUUAUUAAAUGUUAAAUGUUUACCUGUUUAGGAUCCGUCAACAGAUUAAAAGCAUCUCGCAUAUUACGUGUCUAAUCUGCAUUAGAAAAACUUUGUGACGCAGAACGGUAUACGUAGAUUCCAUUGUGAUUAUUAUCACGAUUUUAUUAUUCACUUGUAAAUUAAAUAUGAAUUACAAAGGCUCUUUGUACAUAAUGGUUGCAAUAAUGAUUUUGUUUUAUAUUACGUAUAAUAUAUACUAUUAUAUCAAAUAAA